AUAUCGUCUUCCUUAUUGACACAUCUGGAAGUAUUGCCAACAGUGAUGUGUUGCAGGCUAUUGAUUUUAUCUGCAACGUCACGAAAUGGCUGACGAUCGGGCCAGACGACAUCCUGGUAUCCGUCGUAACGUUUGAUAGCACUUACGAUGAGAAAAUCAAAUUGAAAGAUUACAACUCAAGGGCCGAACUCCUCCGAAACCUGAAACGAUUAGUCUACAGCAAACCAGAUGGUGGUACACAGACUGAUGCUGCUUUGGAGUUUGUGCGCCUGAAUUCUUUCCUCCCGAAGAAUGGAGGACGGCUUGAUGCAAAUAAGACGGUGGUUUUAUUAACAGAUGGUCAGUCAUCUUUCCCCAAUAAAACGUUGACUCAAGCGGAAUUGCUGAAGUCAGUCCCGAACACCGAAAUAUUUACCAUUGGAAUCGGCAGCGCAGUGUCAGGGAGUAACGGAGAAAUUCGAGGUAUAUCGAGUGAUCCCGAUUCUUACUAUGUACAACAUGUGGACGCAUUCAUCUACCUGUGUAACGUAGUGCCGGCUUUGGUUCCCAAACUCGAUCCUUUGAGUAAAGCCACGGCAAUACUGAACUGCCCGACGCCUACGACCACCACUCGGAGUCCUAGCUCCGGUCACCUAGGUUGGCGAUCGUCGACUGCAACACCUGCAAGCCAAUACCAACAAAUAAGAACAACACGCGCAACACCACACCAUACGGAAGGGGAAGAUAUCGUCUUCCUUAUUGACACAUCUGGAAGUAUUGCCAAUAGUGAUGUGUUGCAGGCUGUUGAUUUUAUCUACAACGUCACGAAAUGGCUGACGAUAGGGCCAGACGACAUCCUGGUAUCUGUCGUAACGUUUGAUAGCACUUACGAUGAGAAAAUCAAAUUGAAAGAUUACAACUCAAGGGCCGAACUCCUCCGAAACCUGAAACGAUUAGUCUACAGCAAACCAGAUGGUGGUACACAGACUGAUGCUGCUUUGGAGUUUGUGCGCCUGAAUUCUUUCCUCUCGAAGAAUGGAGGACGGCUUGAUGCCAAUAAGACGGUGGUUUUAUUAACUGAUGUCAGUCCCGAACACCGAAAUAUUUACCAUUGGAAUCGGCAGCGCAGUGUCAGGGAGUAA